GCGGCUCCGCCUGUCGGCGUGCGCGCGCCGCGUGCGUGCCUGCGCUCUCUCGUCGUCUCUAGAAGAUGCACCUCGGCACCUCGCCUUUCCCCCUUCUUCUACCUCCUCGCACCCCCUUCUCUCCACUCCGCCUCCACCCGGAUAACGCGCACACUGCCUGUGUCGUUCUCUUUUCCGAAGAAGCGUCAGCAAGCACCGCCCGACGAGACCCCGUCCCGUCUCCGCUGCCUGGUCGAGAUGACUGAACAAUUCUAUACCGUGGCAUCCGAUAGUGAAACCACCGGGGAAGAUAAAUCUCAACAAUCAUUUCCUGAUGUUUCUAUUGGCAUUGACAUUGGGACUUCCAAGUGCAGCGUUGCAGUUUGGAAUGGCCACCAAGUUGAGCUCUUGAAAAAUACCCGCAACCAGAAAGGGAUGAGGUCAUAUGUCAUGUUCAAAGAUGACACUCUUUCAGCAGGAGUUACUGGAGGAGCAACCCAGGAAAAUGCACAUGAGGAAAGAGAUGUUUUAUCAGGAAGUGCCAUAUUCAACAUGAAACGCCUGAUUGGAAGAAUGGACACGGAUGAAGUGGUUCAAGCUAGCAAGGCCCUCCCUUUUCUUGUGCAGACAUUGGGUAUCGGUGUGAGGCCAUUUAUUGCAGCAUUGGUGAACAACAUGUGGCGAUCUACUACUCCUGAAGAAGUUCUUGCCAUCUUUCUGCUUGAAUUGAAGGCCUUGGCAGAGAUGCAUCUUAAACAUCCAGUGAGGAAUGCUGUGCUUACCAUUCCAGUUGCAUUCAGUCGGUUUCAACAGACAAGGAUUGAGAGAGCCUGUGCAAUGGCCGGGCUGCAUGUGUUGAGGUUGAUGCCAGAACCUACUGCUGUCGCACUUUUGUACGCUCAGCAGCAGCAACAGCUUAUGCAUGACAAUAUGGGAAGCGGUGUUGAGAAAAUUGCCCUGAUAUUUAACAUGGGUGCUGGGUAUUGUGAUGCAGCUGUGGCUGCCACUGCUGGAGGUGUUUCUCAAAUAAGAGCGUUAUCAGGAUGCUCUGUUGGUGGAGAGGACAUCCUUCAGAACAUAAUGCGCCACCUUCUUCCUAAUUUUGAUAGUUUAUAUGCUGGUCAGACAAUGGAUCGAAUCAAGUCGUUGGGUUUACUGCGGAUUGCAACUCAGGAUGCAAUUCACAAACUGGCUAGCCAGGAUACUGUGGAGAUUAAAGUAGAUUUGGGGGAUGGCCAGAAGGUGUCAAAAGUUCUAGACCAUUCAGAGUUUGAACAAGUUAAUCGGGUAAUUUUUGAGAAGUGCGAAAAGAUCAUCAACCAGUGCUUGGUUGAUGCAAAGUUAGCACCAGAAGACAUAAAUGAUGUCAUAUUGGCUGGAGGGUGCUCCAGGAUCCCCAGAAUCAGAAGCCUUGUCCUGGGCUUAUGCAUGAAGGAAGUCUCUUACAAGAGCAUCGAUGCUCUAGAAGCUGCUGUUUCAGGUGCUGCAUUGGAAGGAGCCAUUGCUUCAGGAGUGACUGACCCUUCAGGGAGCCUGGAUCUCCUGACAAUUCAGGCAACUCCUAUGAACCUGGGUAUCCGCGCCGAUGGAGAUAACUUUGCAGCAAUCAUUCCCAGGAACACGACAGUUCCAGCGAGAAGGGACAUGCUAUUUACAACGACACACGACAGUCAGACCGAAGCCCUCGUUACUGUGUACGAAGGUGAAGGAGAACGUGCCGAAGAGAACCAUCUGUUAGGAUACUUCAAGAUCACCGGUAUUCCACCAGCACCUAAGGGAACCGUUGAAAUCAGUGUAUGCAUGGACAUCGAUGCCGCCAACGUCCUCAGGGUGUUCGCAGGGGUUGUCAAGCCUCAAGGCCCAGUCGUUCCGCCGUUCAUCGAGGUGAGGAUGCCGACACUAGACGAUGGCCAUGGCUGGUGUGGACAGGCUCUCGCUAAGAUGUAUGGCAGUACGCUGGACCUAGCUGUGCUCCCUAAGAAGCUGCAGCCAUGAGACACUUUAUCGUAGCCUGUAUCCUCUAGUGAGUAGUAGUGCGUACGUUGUGGUUGCUGUGUUUAGUGUUCACUCCAUGCCAUGGUCCCCGUCCUUGUUUGACUGUUUAGGGUGCUGAGCACGCUGCAUGUCAAUGUCAAGUGUCAUCCUUGUAUGAUAGUGUCCACAAUUAUGCGUUACUCCUACAUGUAGAAUGAAUUGUUAUCGAGUGCUUUGAGAAACCUGUAGUGAGUAUAAGAUGUGCAUAUAGUAUGAUAUGCAUACUCAAA